UCCCGUCUAGCAACACUGCACAGUGUAGGCACAAAAAUAAAUAACAUUCCCUAAGUAAACAUUUUGCGCGAAAUUGAAAUGGUCGGAUCAAGCGUCCCUUUUCAUAUAUCUUCCAAAAAAUAGCGUAUGAUUAUUUAAAUAUAUUGAUAUAUGUCUCAAAGUACGAUAUUACGAAUAAUUCCUACAUUCGUUUAUUUACUUCGACAAAUUGUGUGAUUAAAAAUAAAUGCGCAGAGGAAUCGUACAUAUAUACAUAUAUAUAGCUAUCAUAAAGUACAGUAGCUUCAUUGUAACCUCUAUCUAACGAAUCGACAGUAGCUUCAUUGUAACCUCUAUCUGACGAAUCGACAGUUUACCGCCAUGAUCUAAUCCUGUUUGAUCCGUUACUCGGCGCCGCUAGUAUAUCAAUAUUUAGGAAUCACCGCACGCAAGCUUCAUGUGCACGAUUAUUCGCGUUGCUCGUGAUGGAAUGGUAUAAUACAUUAUUCCUCCGAAAAUACAGUUAUCGCGUCUCCGUCAAUCGAUCAGAACGGCUCGAUGUAACCGCUAAGCAGAACCAGGAGAGAACGUUUGCAGACCUCACAAACUCCGGUUUUUUAUUAAGCAUGUGAACCUCCUUCCGGGUUUGCAUCGCUACGACAUAUAUAUACAUAGAUCUACGUAUAUUUAAAUAUACACAUGUGUAUAUAUGUAUGUAUAUAUAGAUGACUGUAAAUAAUGGUGUUUUGGGCUGUUGUUUAUUCGCUGGCGAUAUUCCUGCGCUUCGAUUCCAUACAAGCAAAGCCAGAAUCGCAAGGUUACUGUGCUCCAUAUAGUGGCAAGAUUUGCAAGAAGUAUCUCACUGGUAUUGGAAAAGUGUGGUUCAACGAUUCCAAUGAUAAUCCUGGUGGAUGGCUGAACGAGAAGAUCACAUCAAAUCUCUGGGAAGAAUUAAUUGAGACAUUAGACGAACCAUGUCGCUCAGCUGCAGAGAAGAUGCUAUGUAUGUAUGCAUUUCCACUGUGUCAUGAGUCAGUCGGUCUGCCUCUGUGCUAUGAAGACUGCAUGGCAGUGCGUCAGCAGUUUUGCUUCACACAGUGGGCAGUAAUCGAAGACAACAAGCAGCGAAAUGUUUACAUUCGUUCACGUGGACACUUUACGUUGCCAGAGUGCGAGAGUCUGCCCAGGGUUAACAAGGAAGUGCUCACCUGUUCGCACGUACAUCUCACCGAUGUGGAUGAAGAGGUCAUUACUUAUGAUUGCAUCAGGGGCAACGGCAGAUUCUACAUGGGUAAGGUCAACAAAACACAAUCUGGACUCGACUGUCAGCUGUGGAGCGCACAGACGCCGCACAGCCAUUCACUACCCGACGUCUUCCCACAAAUUCGGUACGGUGAGAAUUAUUGUAGAAACGCGGGCGGCGAUGAGCCGAGGCCGUGGUGCUUUACGACCGAUCAAGUGAUACGUUGGGAGCAUUGCAAUAUCCCUGUAUGUGAUAAUGUCACUAAAGUGGAGAUUGAGUCGAAAGAUAUGAUGAACGCUCUACUUGAUAACACUCUAGUAUUCAUAUUAUCUGCUUUGGGCUUUGUAAUCGUGGUUGGCGUAAUAUUGUCUAUUCUUCUGAGCCAAAGACUGCACAAACGUCAUCGAGGCUAUAAUCCGACUGAUAAUCAACAUUUCUCUUUGCAGGACGUAAACAUUGAUUUGGACAAACUGCCGAACAACGAAGCGUACCAUAAGACGAGCGCUCAACUAAAUCCCAAGCUGGAGAAGCUGGAGUUCCCACGUAAUAAUAUCAUCUAUGUGCGAGAUCUUGGUCAGGGCGCCUUUGGUCGCGUGUUCCAGGCACGCGCUCCUGGGCUGGUUUCGGGCGAGGAGUUCACAAAUGUCGCCGUGAAGAUGCUGAAAGAGGAAGCAUCAGAUGAUCUGCUGCGCGACUUCGAGCGCGAGGCGUGCCUGCUCGCAGAAUUUGACCAUCCGAACAUCGUCAAACUGCUCGGCGUGUGCGCACUCGGGCGACCAAUGUGUCUGCUGUUCGAAUACAUGGGCCGUGGCGAUCUCAACGAGUUUCUGCGCUCAUGCUCGCCCGGUAACUACAUCAUUCGGUCUGUGUUAUCCAGUACGGAUGAGAGCGGCGGCACGGCUGAACCCUCGCGGCUCACACAUAUGGAUUUGAUCAACAUCGCGCUGCAGGUGGCAUCCGGCAUGGUGUACCUGUCCGAUCGGAAGUUUGUCCACCGUGAUUUAGCGACACGCAAUUGUCUCAUUAACGAUCAGAUGAUCGUCAAGAUCGCUGACUUUGGGCUGUCGCAGAAAAUUUACUUGCAGGAUUAUUACAAAGGAGACGAGCAAGACGCUAUCCCAGUCAGAUGGAUGCCGCUAGAAAGCAUAUUGUACAACAAGUAUACGGUCGAGUCAGAUGUGUGGGCGUUUGCUGUGUGUCUAUGGGAAAUCUUCAGCUUCGCGCUGCAACCGUACUACGGGAUGACGCACGAGGAGGUGGUCAAAUAUAUCAAAGAAGGCAAUGUAUUGCGCUGUCCAGACAAUACGCCGCAGUCGAUCUACGAUCUGAUGAAACUCUGCUGGAACAGACGACCGUCGGACCGGCCGACCUUCCGCACAAUCCAUCAAACUCUUGAUGGCAUCCGGCAGGAACUCGAAGCGGAGUGCAAGUCCGAUAGCGUGCCGCUGCGCAUUCGCGUGUGAACGAAUGUGUGACGAUUGAUUUAAGCGACACUAAAGGACAUCAUUUAUGUGUGUACUCACAUCACUUAUCUCGAUCACAUUUCCAAGUAAGUAAUACUGUAUUGUGUGUCAUGAGCGAAUGCCCGCCACCCCAGUUGGAUUUUUCCCGGAUCGGUCGUCGGUCACGAGAGGUAAGAAAAGGACCAAUGCGUAGAACAAGGGUUGCGAUAUUGCAUGAAAUGCGAUAACUUCUACUUCUACUUCUUCUUCUAAGAUGGAUGUUCGUCCUCAUUGAGACUGCCUCUUUUACUUUGCCGGAAACCUUUUUUUCCGGAUAUCGAGUUAGCUCGAUUUAUCGUUCGAUUAGCUUCCGAUUAUCCAAUUGGGGCUGCCACUUGCUUGAUUUUAAAAUUGGAGACUUUGGAUUUAGUUUUCUAUUUCCAAUUUUCGGUCUGCUGCAUUAAAUAGGCCGAAUUAAAGAUAAUUUUAAUUCGAUCAUUUUUAUAAUUUCGCUGUUUUAAUGUUUAUUGUCAUAUUUAUUAUAUUUGCAACUAAAAUUAUCUUAGGUGUAAAUUCUAUAUACAUAUAUAUAAAGUUUCAAGAAAAAAUCUUUUAUAUCUUUUUAAUCGUC